AUGGAUGUAGAUGAUGGGAUGUUUCCUGUCACCUUCGCAAUUGUCUCUGAGACAUAUAAUGCAUGGAUAUUGAAGCAACAUGAACUGCCCAUAAUGCAACUCUUGAACAUUAUAAGGGUGAAACAGAUGGAGAUGAUGUAUAAACGUAAGCAGAAAUUAAUUAAGUGGAAAUAUGAUGUGGGCCCUAAGAUUAACAAGAUUCUAAAGAAACGAGUUCAUAAAUCUGAGGGGCUGACUGUUAGGCGAUCUUCAGUGUCUGGGUUUGAAGUUGAGGGUGACGCAAGUACACACUCAGUUGACUUAAGUUUGAGAUCUUGCUCCUGCAAGGUGUGGGAGAUGACAGGUCUGCCCUGUAUUCAUGCAUCUACCGCGAUAGCAAGGAUUCGUAGACAACUCCUGAAUUAUGUUUCACAUGAGUAUCAUAAAGAGGCAUAUGCGCAAACGUAUGAAGAACCAAUCAAUCCUGUCCCUAACCAUGAUAUGUCCUUUGAAUCACCCACAGGGGACACACACGUUGUUGUGAGGCCUCCUAGAACUCGUAAGCGUGCAGGCCGACCAAAGAGACAACGUAUAGAAUCACAAGAUGUGGAGAAGCGACCCCAACAUUGUAGCAGAUGUGGGGAUCCUAGGCAUAACAGGAGGUCAUGUCGAGAGGCAAUAUAG